UAAACUGAUGACUUCACACAUUAAUAUAUUUCUGCCCCUUACACAAGCGCUCUAUAAAAUCUUGUCUGGCUGUGUCAUUUAUCCUGCCCUGUUCUCAGUCAUAGCAAUGAAGACUAUUGUGUUUGCUUUACUGGUGGUGGCUGUGGCUGCCAGUACAGAUGAUGGAAAAAUCAUUGGCGGUUUUGAAUGCCCACCUCACUCCCAGCCCUGGCAGGCGUAUCUCACCUAUGAUGAUGGUAGACGCUUGCCUUGUUCAGCAUCUUUGAUUAAUGAAUACUGGCUCGUGUCAGCUGCUCAAUGUUACAUUACAGCUUCUCGUCUUGUUGUGCAUCUGGGAGAGCACAACCUCUUGAGUGAUGAAGGCACAGAGCAGCAAAGCUUUGUAGAAAAGGCAAUUCAACACCCAAAUUUUAAUAAUGUGUAUUAUAACAAUGACAUCAUGCUGAUCAAGCUGAGAACGCCUGCUGUAUUCAACAACUAUGUGAAGCCAAUCCCUCUGGCGACCAGCUGCUCUUAUAAAGGAGCGAAAUGCUUGGUUUCUGGAUGGGGCGAUGAUGGAGAAAACUAUAGAUCCAGGCUGCAGUGUUUGAAUUUGCCUGUAAUCUCAUGGGAAGAGUGUGAAGCUUUUUAUAGGCCGUCACUUACAACUAACAUGUUCUGUGCUGGAGACUUAAAAGAAGGCAAAGCAUGUCAGGGCGACCCUGGUGGACCUUUUGUAUGCAAUGGGAAACUUCAAGGAGUUGUUUCCUGGGCCUAUAGUUGUGCUUCACCAAGUAAUCCUGGGGUUUAUGUUGAGGUGUGCCAUUACAUUGACUGGAUCAACGACAUAAUGGAAUUGAACUAACUGGCUUGUCUUUAAAUUUCAUUGUUGAUUUUCAUUUUUUUCUGAAAUAUCUAUAAUUAAACUGUACUGGAACAGA